AUGAAAAAGAAUGGGUUCCAAAGGCCAUUUCACAUGCUACAAAUUAUUGCGUGGACACUUGUAGGGCUGAUAACUGUCCUUUUCUACAUACUGGUAAUCCCAAUUUUCCCAGGUGAGCUACAAAUUAUACUUGGGGUCGUUUUUUCAGUUUUUUUUGCUUUUACAUUGAUUUUUGGCUUUUUAUGCACAUAUCUUGACCCAACUGACCCUUCAAUACAUGAAGAACUCGCUGCGAAAAAAGAAAUGUAAAAACUAGAUAGGAGAGAUUUUGACUUAAAAAAAUACCCUAAAAUCUGUCAAAUGUGCAAAGCACAUGUCCAUGCAGAUAGUAAACACUGCAGAGACUGCGAAAGAUGUGUGGAUCAUUUUGAUCACCAUUGUAAAUGGCUUAACAACUGCAUUGGAAGGAGAAACUACAAAUUAUUUGCUGAACUAAUAAUAGCUUUAGAAGUUUUAGUAUCAAUUAUCACUAUAUGUGGGGCUGCUGUAUGCAACGAAGUUAUCAGUGGAUCAUCAUAUAAAGGAAGGCUUAGUGAUAAUUUACACAUUUCUGGGGACGGGAUAUAUGGCUAUGUUUUUGUUAUCUUAUUUAUGGUCUCCAUCAGUGGACUUGUAGCUCUCGCAAAUGCGCAGUUAAUAGGAUUUCAUCUAUGGCUAAUGUGCAAAAAAAUGACUACUUAUGAGUACAUUUUAAGCAAAAGAAAGGCUAAAAAAUAUGAAGUGGUAGAUAUCUCAGUAAACCAAAGUAAAAUUGUUAUGAAAGAAAAUCAUAAAUAAAAUGGCAUUCGGUUCGAGAGAAAUUAGCUUUGCUAAUUUUCUCUCCCUCAUGGAAUUUUAUUUAUGGGGUUGGGUUUUUUCUUGAGAACUUCUGCACAGCAAUAGCUGUUUAACUUUGAGGAUAGCCAAAGGAACAGCUCCUCAGUGCAUUCUAGUGCCUCAGAGUUUUACCUCUCAGCACAUCCCCACGGGAUGAUGACCCUUAGGCGGAACACAUGCAGGAGCUGAGUCAAGGGCAACGGCAACGCGCCGGGUGAGAUGUGCGGCUACUGGAGGCGAAGCGCAGAUGAAGGCUUGGCCGGCGGGCUGACCACCGCGAUUCCAAGAUGGCUAGGCAGCAUCACUAGUUUAGCUAUAACUCCAUUUUUAUGGGGUGCGGCACUAGACACCUUAAAUACCAGAUACCUAAGUUAAGUUGAGUUAAGUUAUGGAAGAAAUCCCUUUAGAAGAAAUAUUUGAGCCAUAUAUUGAUAACCCUGAAUAUGCAGAUACAAAGCUGAAAAGAAAUGGGAGAAAUGCAUCAAUAGUCCCUAUGAAUUGAGAUGAUUUACAAAGAUUUACUGAUUUAAAUUUCCCAUUGCAAAAUAUGGCUGUAAUUGAUUUGAAAAAAGAAAAGGAAAGUGAAGGAAAGCUUCAAGAAGAGGAAUCUUCUAUAGAAGCAGAAAAUGCAUAUAGGCUAGAAGUUGAUGAUAAAUCCAAAGUCAAUAUAAAUGACACAACAGCUUUAGGCCAGUCAGAUGUUUCAUCUUAA